AUGGUGGAGUCCUCUACCUCUUUACUGACCAAAUUAAACUUUGUCGACCAAAAUUUCAAUCCAGAUAGGGAUGAUGAUAUCAAUCACGAAAAUGAAGCCGUGUCGUCAACGACGGAUGGAGAUACUUGCAGUAUUCUAAUCGACGGUUUCUGUGAAAGUAAAAUAACAGAAACUGAUGUAAGGGAUUAUUUUAGUAACAAGGAUCUCUCUGGAGGAGGUACAGUGAAGGAAAUUGAAUUCAAUACUGAUGAAGGAUGGUGUGUUGUAGUUUUUACAAGCUCUCAAGCUUUUAAUGAUGUUUGCAUCAGACGACAUAAGCUGAAGGACCACGACAUGAAUGUAAAAGCUCAUGGUAAAAAAAGACAAAAUGUCCCAGAGGUCAAGGUGAUUUCUAACUUAGAUGAACACAAAUUAGCUUUCAUUACAGCUUCAAAUAUAAGCAAAGAUGUUCUACAAACUCACUUAAGCAUAUUUUCAGCUAAAAUAGACUGGUCUUCUGUGAAACCAGACAAUCGUUCUCUACACAUAGCUUCAAACCUUACUUCAGAUAUGAAAGAUUUUCAGAAGAAAGCUAGGGUAUGGGAUAAACAUAUUGAAAAAGAGGUAUUACAGUUCUUUGAAUUAUUACAAAUUAAAGAAUACAAAAUAGAUCCAAACGAAUGGGAUUUAAUCAAGAAAAGCGUUCAUCCAGUUGAUGUAAAGGAUAAGGAAAGAGUUAUGAUAACAACCAAUGAAAACAGAUUUAGCAUAGUAGUAGUUGGCUACCGUAUUCCUUAUAAAUCUUUGGUCAAUCACAUCAAUCUCCUGACAAACACCGUGAGAGUCAGGGAAAGGUUAGAAAAUAGCGAAAUACGUUUGUUAUCCGCGGGAAAAGAAAUGGAAAGUAUAAAAAACGAACACAAAUCCAUAAAAAUUGUUGCAGAUUUGGCAAACGGUAAUAUUGAAUAUUCAGGAACUGCAGCCAUAGUAGCAUCAGCAAAGCAGAGAGUUUCUGAUACACUAAAAACAAAAGUAACUCUCAUUAUCCCAGAUAUUGCAAACGAAAGAUAUCAAUUUUUCAAAAGAAAAUCAGUUCAGAAAGAAUUAGAGAAAGAAUUCAAAGAUAAAGGUAUAACAUGCGCAGUUGGAUUUGAAAAAGAUAACAAAAUUUUUAUUUACGCGUUAUCUAAAACAGAAGGUGAAAAAGCAGUCAACGUUGUGAGGGCGUCAAUAGCAGAAGUUAACGUUGGUAAAGAAACGCCACCUGGACCUCUCGACAAAGAGUUGCAAGAAGUCAGAAAAAAGAAAGGCGACACAGUAGAAGUUCGAAGAUCUGACAGUAAAAUUAUAAUUUACGCAAUACCACUGUCAACUGUAGAGGCUAUCAAAGAUCAUAUCAAUUUUUUUGUUCGAUAUCCCCAUGGAAGUGUCCGUUGUACAGCCCAUUUCUGUACUGAGACAGGCCAAUCUAUAACAACAUUGCUCGGUGAUAUUACAGAUCUUGAUGCAGAUGUAAUUGUUUGCAGCUCUGACAAACAUUUGAAACUUGGUAUUGGUGUAGGCCAUGACCUUGUUCAAAAAGGUGGAAACCAAAUACAGUUGGAAUGUCACACCUUCCUCCAAUCAAAACAAAUAAAAGAAUUGAAUAAAGACGAGAUAUUUUGUAGUUCAUCUGGGAAACUUACCAACUUUAGAUGGAUUGUUCACAUACCUGGUGAAAAAUGGGAAAAUGUCAAAGAAUCUAGUGAGAUUGAUGGGAAGAAUAAUUUCAUCAAGUUGAUUACUUCAUCUCUUGAAAAAGCAGAAAAAAAGAAAAGUAAGAGUAUUGCCAUGCCAGCAUUAUGUUGUGGAAAUAAUGAGUACCCUGUCAACAAAUCUACUGAUUGGAUUGUGGAGGCUUUAAAUGAGUAUCUGAAGCGGCCUGGAAAUAAAACAAACAUCCGAAAGAUUUAUCUGUGUGAUAAGAACCCAAGUGCAGUUGACAACUUUGUGAAAAAAUUAAAGACUUAUAAAUAUGCAUUGGUGUACAAUAGAGACAAACAACAAAUUUAAAUCGAAGAUCAUUUUGGAAUUGACAGUAGCUAAAUCACCUUAUAAUAUUCAUUAUUGUCCUAAUUUGUAUAUAUAUAUAUAUAUAUUUUGCCCAAAAGGUCCUACAGAAAUAAUAAGUAAAUAAGCUUUGUGUUUUAAUCAAUGUGCUUAUUAAUAAUGUCGCUUUUAAACUUAAAGACAUUAAUCUUAAUAUAGUUUUUAAUGCUUUUGUUGCACAGGAAAUAUACAAAUAUUUUAAUACCAAAACGUACGACAUUUAUCACAAGUGUUUAUCUAUUACAUUUACAUAUGUGCACUAUAUGAUCCAAACGAAAUAUUUAUGACGUAAGUGUUUUAAAUGAGAUAAUACCAUAUACAAUAUUACAGCCGUUCAUUGUAGUUGUUUUCUGCUGAAUGCAAAAUUUGUAAGCUUUGUUGCCCAACAAGAUACACAAUGAACAAAUUGCAUAACAUAUAUCACAAAUAAUCAUCACCAUGUUUGUCUUCAUUUACAAAAUACAAAUAAAUACAAAAUUAUGCCAUUGGUUGGUACUUUUGACGUCGACAAAUGCUUAAUCAACUCCACAUGUUAAUAAUAAUUUGUAGAUAUAUGAUCACAUAGGUCCUAACAUUUAUCAAUUAAUUUUGAUUCUUAGAUAAUACACUGAACCUUUGAAUAAUACAAAAUUCAAUGUAAAAAUCGUUUAGCUGAAAAGAAAAUAAAUAUAAAUGUUUGUCAGUUAAGGCGCAGCAACUGGUGCGAUUUAAAUGAUAAAUUACUUUAAAGGCAGAGCUGGCUUUAAGGUAUCGGCUGAUCUUUUAUUUAAUCUCACUGGGUUUUACUGUGCUAGCGAUAUUUAUAUGUUUAGCCUACUUUGUCUCGGUCAUACCUAAUGAACUUUAUCCCAGAACCACGUGCCGUGUAAAAAAAAAUACGGUUUUCAUAUAAUAUGUAUGUCUUCUACAGUAUUCUAUAUCAUAUAAAAUUAUUU